AUGGGCGGCGUCCUUUAUCCCGGACAAGUAAAAGAGAAAGAAAUGGCAAAACAAGAAUUUGAAAGAGCGAAACGAAAAGGCUUAAGCGCUGGUCAUGUGGCGCAAAAGCCUCGUGACACCAACCGAUUUUUGGUAACGAUCAACGUGGCCGCCCAUAGUGAAGUUAAAUUUGAUCUCCGCUACCAACAACUUCUACAAAGACGGCUGGGAUUUUACGAGCACCCGAUUUAUGUGGACCCAGGUCAAGCAGUUAACAAUGUCAGCAUUGAAGUCUUCAUUCAAGAAUCCAAGAAGAUAACUUUCAUCCAUGUACCGCCGUUGCGCCCGAAUGACCCGUCUUUGCUUUCCAUCGAUACCAGCCAAGACACUCGAAUCAGUCGCCCAUCACCAUUGACUGGUCACGUAUUUUACAAACCAUCAGAUACAGACCGACCCCUCAGAGGCGCAUUUAUCAUUGAAUACGAAGUUGAUCGUAAAUUCGACAGCGGAGAAAUAAUGGCUGUCAAUGGUUAUUUUGUGCAUUUCUUUGCUCCCGAAGGCUUAAAACCUCUGCCAAAAGACAUCCUUUUCAUUUUGGACACGAGCAACUCGAUGGAGGGUAAGAAAAUGAGGCAACUCCGGGAAGCAAUGCUUGAAAUCUUGCGGGAUUUGAAUGAAGGAGAUCGAUUCAAUCUGUUGAGAUUCGCGCGCAAUGUGAAGUUUUGGCAUCAAGACAUGCAAAAAUGGAACGCAGCCAACAUGCAAGGCGCCCUUAGGUGGAUUAGUGAACUCGAUGCCGGAAGUAUUACCAACAUCAACGGAGCUCUUGUCGAAGGUCUGAAAAUGAUGACGAAAAGCUCCGAGUCACUGAACGAGACUCGUAACUCUAUCAUAGUUUUCCUGACUGACGGUGAAGCGACAGAGGGUGAAACGAACAAAGUCAAGAUUUUGGCUAACGUUGACAGGAUAAACAAGCAUGGAAUCCCCGUUUUUGGAUUGUCUUUUGGCGCCGACGCAGACUUCGACCUGAUGCGAAAACUUUCCCUUCGAAACAACGCCGUUGCUCGUCGCAUCUAUGAAGCGUCCGACACUUCGCUGCAACUCAAAAACUUUUAUGACGAAAUAUCUGCUGCUCUCAUUGCUGACCUCAAGUUCUCUUAUUUGGGAGACAACGUAGAUAAUACGACAUUAACAAAUAGAAGGUUUCAGAAUUAUUACAACGGAACAGAGGUGGUUAUUGCCGGCAAACUCUCGGAUAAUUCUUCUGAUGUUACUUUGAAAGUUGAUGGCAACACGAAUAAAGGUUCCCUGGGAAAUAUUGAUCCUGUAACGUCGAUUGAUAUUCAAAACUCCAGCUACGGUAUUGGCUUAAUGACCGACGCAGACAUCCAGGCAAUACCCGAAAAAUUGUGGGCCUACUUGACCAUCAAACAGUUGCAAGACCAACGAAUAGCUUCCAGCGACCCAGUCGAAAAAAAAAAAUUAUCCAAGCGUAUGUUGGAAUUGUCGGUAAAGGUAAGUCAUUCAUUUUUGUUUUGGUCUUUCUAA